GGGACCACAGUCUCUGUCUUCACAGGUCAAGAAGAGCGGAAGAUGAUUGAGUCCCAGUUUAAACAGACACCUGUGUCAUUCAAAGAUGUGGUUGUGGGCUUCACCCAAGAGGAGUGGCAUGGGCUGAAUCCUGCUCAGAGGACCCUAUACCGGGAUGUGAUGCUGGAGACCUACAGCAACCUUGUCUCAGUGGGUUAUGAAGGCACCAAACCAGAUGUGAUCCUCAGGCUGGAGCAGGAAGAAGCACCAUGGAUUUGUGAGGUGGCAUGCCCAGGCUGCCACUGUUGGGAAGACAUCUGGCAAGUUAGUGUCCAGAGGAAAAGAAGGCAAGACAUGUUUUUGAGGCAAGGUGUAGUCAACAGCAAGAAAACAUUACCCAAGGAGAAAAGCAGUGAAUGUAGUAAGUUUGGGAAAAUAUCACUUCUGAGCACUGAUCUUUUUUCUUCAAUUCAAAACAAUAAUAACUGGGACCUUUGUGGAAUGAGUUUAAACCAUAAUUUAGACUUGAUUGGUUUUAAGAGAAACUGUGCAAAAAAGCCAGAUGAAUGUAAUGCGUAUGGGAAAUUGUUACAGCAUAUAAACCAUGAUAGAAGACCUAAUGCAGAAAAACUGUGGGGAUGCAGUCACUGUGAGAACACUUUCAGCCAUAACUCAGCACUUAUGUAUAAACCAGCAGUAACCAAUUCUCUCGUAUAUAAACGGAAGAGGGUUCCACCUGCAGAAAAACCCCAUGUCUGUAGUGAGUGUGGGAAAGGCUUCUGCUACAAGUCUGAAUUCAUUAGGCAUCAGAGAAGUCACACCGGGGAGAAGCCUUACGGAUGCACUGACUGUGGGAAAGCCUUUUCACAUAAGUCAACCCUCAUUAAACACCAGAGGAUUCACACCGGGGUAAGACCCUUUGAAUGUUUUUUUUGUGGAAAAGCCUUCACCCAGAAGUCACACCGCACAGAACAUCAGAGAACGCAUACGGGAGAGAGACCCUUUGUGUGCAAUGAAUGUGGGAAGUCAUUUGGUGAGAAGUCAUACCUCAAUGUACAUAGAAAAAUGCACACAGGAGAAAGACCCUAUCAUUGCAGAGAAUGUGGAAAGUCCUUUAGCCAGAAGUCAUGCCUCAAUAAACACUGGAGAACUCACACAGGAGAAAAACCUUAUGGAUGCAAUGAAUGUGGCAAAGCUUUUUACCAGAAGCCAAAUCUCAGUAGACAUCAGAAAAUUCAUGCUAGGAAAAUGCCUAUAGCAAUAAAAACCUAA